AUGUCCAACCAAGCCCAAUCGAUUGCUUCAACUUCCUACGCUGGCGCAAGCUCUACACCCACCUCUUCGAGAUCACGCUCCUUCAUCGUACCCAUGCCAUCCAGCGCUCACGCCUCCGCCUCCAACACCAACGGCACCGACUUGCGUGACAUUUCUUCCAGACGCGCUCCACGGAAAAAGCUUUCGAGACCUGCUGAAUUGGUUCUGAGCGCAACUUACAGAAUAGCAGUCCUACCUCGACGAACGAUCAGAUCAUUGACUCGAGCACCUCAGACUGUGCAAUUUCUCCGGCUCUUCGCUCUGGCCCUUGUGCUCUGGGCGGAAAGAUUGACCUGGGAGCGCUGGCGUCUCAUUUCCCAAUCAUCUUCUUCGACCAGCAGCAAUCCUGCGCGCAAAACAAUGAGCAGACCGCUAAGGUUGCUGCUGGUUGCGGAUCCUCAGCUGGUGGAUGAGCACACUUAUGAAGAUGUGCCAAAGAGAUUGGGACCGGUGGUCAGGUGGGCUGCAGACACUUUCGUGAGGAGAGCUUUCAAGGGAGCCAAAAGGAGUUGCGAUGGGGUGGUCUGGCUAGGCGAUCUGUUCGAUGGGGGCAGAAGGGAAAUGUCGGACGAGAGGUGAGUGGGAAUCGCUGUUGCCACUCUGGAGGCGCAUGUGUGCGCGUAGGCUGUCCUUGUGGCUGACACUCAGAACGCCCGCCACUUCAAUUUGAAGCUGGAAAAAUUUCCGGAAGCGCUUCGAUAGGCUCUUUACUCCGCGUGCCCCUUCGAUCUACAUUCCGGGUAACCAUGAUCUAGGUCUUGGUCCAUCGCCGUCCAUUCCAGUGGAUGCACAAGCUCGUCAGCGGUACAUUGCCUCAUUCGGCACGAGAGUGAAGAAUGGACUCGGGGCAUUCUCCAAUCUAAAGCUGGGAAAGUGGAGCAGGGCCGCUCGACCAGCUCUUGGCCUAGCCAAGGCGUUGCCAAAGAAGCCGCGGGAAGAACAAUUUGAGUUGGUAGAUAAUGAAGGGCUGAGGAAAAUCAACGUCAUAGUGCCUAUUUGGGCUGGUGGGAGACUUGACAAGGCGCACAAAUCGACCACCGAUGGUACUGGGGACAGCGCUACUCUUCCUCCGACGCACGAAAUCAUAUUGCUGGACGCUUUAGCUUUGGCUCGGAUGCGUGCCCCGUCAGAAGCGAGUGGUGACGAUGCGGGCGUCGAAGGGGCACAUGAAGUGAAGGAUCUUUUGAACAAGCUUGCAAAAAGUAAAGAUCGUAAGUCUCUAAGAGGUACCCGUAUGCUCUCAGAUGCCUGGUAUGAUCUCACUAAGUGCCUGGGUCAUCAAUAUCACUCAAUAGAUCCGCCCCGCAUCCUCAUAACACACAUUCCGCUCUACAGACCGGCGGGCACACCUUGCAAUUUGGCGGGGGCCACGCAUGGUGUGGAGCGAGAAGCAAGGUCCAACAUUCGCGAGGGUGAAGAUGCAGGUCACACGUACAAGAAUGAGAUAGGUCAAGCUGUCAGUCGAUGGGUGCUCGAGUCCGUUCGGCCUAGCGUGGUGUUUAGGUAAGAGAUGAUCGCGUUGUGCUUUGGUGUGAAAAUGCAAGUCACAUUCACACGCCCAAACCCUGCGCUGUAGCGGCGACGACCACGACCAUUGCGAGAUGUUACACGACGUGCCAGAGGUGCAAUCUAGCUCGCAGAGCAACUCUGCAUGGCGCUCCAAAAUUCGCAACCUUCCGUGGUUGCCACCCAACAAAGUACCUGAGUUGACUCUCAAGGGCUUUGCUAUGACGGAUGGCAUCCGUCAUCCAGGCUAUGCCUUGCUGCAUCUCUACCCUCCCCCUGUCACGACCACCACAGACGAGCAAGGCGCGUCUAGACAGCCUACAUCAGAGGCUGCGGGUAUCCAUUAUGCGCCCUACUUGCUGCCUGACCAGAUCCUUAUUUGGACUCAUGUUUAUGCUGGACUAGCUGUCGCAGUGAUUUGCUGUUUGGCCCUCCUGAGGCGGAUGGGAUGGAGAGACAAGCUCUUCGUCUCCUUUGCGGAUUCCCAGGUAACAUUUUUUAAGCUGGGCAAAGCAUCAGGACGAACAAAACGCCCCUCUUGGCUUCCUUUGUACUCCAGUGCACAUGCUCCUCCGACCGACGCAGCCAGCGCAGCUGACAGAGACGAUUGGGAAAUGGUAGAUCUGGAAGUCGACUCUGCGCAAAAUUCAUCCAGAACAGCACGAGGCAAUUCGUCCGAUGAGGACUCGGACGAUCCCCUGGAUUUGGGCACUUUGAGCCCUACCAAGAUCCAAUAUGGAGCUGGAGCAGUUCCCAGGAAUAAAAAGAAGAGAAAGCAUGCAGCAACUUCUCUGUUUGCGGAUUUUGGCGCUGUAGCUUUUCCUCCGCUGGCUCUUUGGGUGGUCUUGCAGCUUUGGUACUAA